CGUUUGUCUUUGUACGGAGUCUUUGACUGUUGAUUCCGGACUUUGUGCUGCGGCUCUCAAACACACUAAGCUCUCCAACAACACUCAUAACAUUAUUUCAUCUGUUCAACAGCUCGCAAAGAUCUCUGAAUAAUGGCUUUCCAGUAUCCAAACGCCCAUAAGGACGAAUCAGUGGUGGAUGACUAUCAUGGCUGUAAAGUUCGUGACCCGUACAGCUGGCUGGAGGAUCCUGACAGUGAAAAAACACAGGCAUUUGUGAACGCUCAGAAUCAGCUGACCCUGCCGUUCCUGGAGCAGUGUGAGAUCAGAGACAUCUUUAAGGACCGUAUGACUGAACUCUAUGACUACCCCAAAUACAGCUGCCCCUUCAAACGCGGGAACAGGUAUUUUCACUUUUACAACACUGGUCUGCAGAACCAGAGUGUUUUGUACAUGCAGAAGAACCUCGAAGCUGAGCCCAGUGUGUUCCUGGACCCAAACAGCUUCUCAGAGGACGGGACGGUUGCUUUACGAGGUUAUGCGUUCUCUGAGGAUGGCGAGUACCUGGCGUACGGCACCAGCGCCAGCGGCUCUGACUGGGUUGAGAUCCGGUUCUUGCGUGUGGACGGCGCCGUACUUCUGGAGGACCGACUGGAGAGGGUCAAAUUCACCUGCAUGUCCUGGACUCACGACGGAAAGGGACUGUUCUAUAACUCUUAUCCUGUGCAGGAGGGCAAGAGUGACGUGUUUGCUACCUGCACAUACUCCAGGUUCCUGUUUGUGUGUUUCCUCCAUGACGUGAAGAACGUGCUGAAGAUGUUCCAUCUGUCCUCGGGGGAGGAGAUACGCACGUUUCCGCUUGAUGUCGGCUCGAUUGUGGGCUUCACUGGGAGGAAGAAAGACUCCGAGAUCUUUUACAGCUUCACCUCGUUUCUCUCUCCAGCGAUCAUCUAUCACUGUGAUCUGACUAAAGAGCCGCUGCAGCCGCACAUCUUCAGAGAGGUCACGGUGAAGGGCUUCAGUCCUGCUGACUAUCAGACCACUCAGGUCUUUUAUCCCAGUAAAGACGGCACCCAGAUCCCAAUGUUUAUUGUCCAUAAGAAAGGAAUCAAGCUGGAUGGUUCACAUCCUGCCUUCCUGUACGGAUACGGAGGUUUCAACAUUUCCAUCACACCCAGCUACAGUGUCUCUCGGCUGAUAUUCGUCAGGCAUCUGGGAGGGGUUUUAGCUGUUGCCAAUAUCAGAGGAGGUGGAGAAUAUGGAGAGACGUGGCAUAAAGCGGCGAUGUUGGCCAAUAAGCAGAACUGUUUCACUGACUUUCAGUGUGCAGCUGAGUAUCUGAUAAAGGAGGGUUACACCUCCCCCAAAAAAAUCACCAUCAAUGGAGGCUCCAACGGGGGGCUGCUCGUGGCGGCGUGUGUGAAUCAAAGGCCUGAUCUGUUCGGCUGUGCUGUGGCUCAGGUCGGCGUCAUGGACAUGUUAAAGUUUCAUAAGUUCACCAUCGGACACGCCUGGACCACUGAUUUCGGCUGCUCGGAAAUCAAAGCGCAAUUUGAUUGGUUAAUCAAGUAUUCUCCUCUUCACAAUAUCCGUGUUCCAGAAGCUGACGGGGUUCAGUAUCCCGCCGUAUUGUUGUUAACGGGUGAUCAUGAUGACCGUGUGGUGCCGCUGCACUCGCUAAAAUAUAUGGCCACACUGCAGAGUGUGAUCGGUCAGUGGCCCGGCCAGUCAAACCCUCUCUUUAUCUACGUGGACACAAAGUCGGGCCACGGCGCAGGAAAGCCCACCAGUAAAGUCAUUCAGGAGGUGGCCGACACGUACGCCUUCAUCGCGCGCUGCUUGAACCUCAGCUGGAUCGAAUGAAGCGAAAGUUACGAGGCUCUAAGCUGUUCCUCUACUCCUGCAGGUUUUUCUUCUGACAGUUUGAUUUCGUUCUUGCCUGUUUGCUCUCCUGUUCACUGAAAUAUUCACCUUUUUUGCUCUCUUUCUGUCCCACUUCUCCACGGUUUCAUUAUUUAAUGUUACAUGCAAGUAAAACAGUCCAGUGUUGGUUGAAAACUGAAUCGCAUUAAUGACUGAUUUCAUACCAAUUCACCAUCUGUCAUGGUGUACACUUAGGAAAUAUUAGAAUUACCGAGGUCACGGGGUGAAGUGUCAUAACCUCUGUAGCACUUUACUAAAACUGUAUUUAUUUGACGACGGGAAGACAUUAACAGUUUAUGGAUCACUGUAUCACUUUGAUGCACAGCACCCAUCAAAAAUAAGUUUGCAAGUGAAUCACAUGUUCAGGUCACAUUUUGCCCCAAAAACGAAAAUACUUUUUUUUUUUUUUUAGGAUUUUUAUGUAUUAUUACACUAUUUUUAAUGGCAGUUAAGCACAUUUGAAAUAGUCAAGUUAUUAUGGAUUUUGUCUGGACAUGCUUCCCAUUAAUCUCAGAAGUGAUUCUGAUUACUAAACAUGAUAAUAUAAUACAUUUUUAAAUUUAAAUCAGCAUAAAUGAUAUAAAUCCUCUAUAAUAAUGUCAUGUAAUAAAUGAGUUUUUGCAUACAGUAUUGAGAACUGGAGAGGAAGAAUGUACUUAAUUGUCAUGAAAAUAACAUCACAUAUCAUUUCUUUUGAUUGGAGUUGGAAUAUAAGAAAGGCAUGUUUGUUAACAUGAGAUUCACCCUUACAGUGUUUGUCAGUGUGUGUGAAUGAGCUGUAUCUCUCGACAGAAAUCUGUUUCUACCUCCACAUUUAUGCAGAUUGUUUUAUCUUGGAAGGGAAAAGCAAACAAAAUAACCAAGUACAAUA